AUGGAUUAUCAGGAUGAUGGUUUUGGUGCCAAUGGCGGGGGAGAGAGCAAGAGAGUGGGGGAAGGGGUUUCUGAGGAGAGUAUGGUGGGGUCCGAUGGUUUGAAGGGUUUAAAUGUAAAGGAGAAUUUUCAGGAGGUGGUAGAGCCACGAGAGCAGGUUCAUGACCAAGGAUCCAAACUCUAUCCGGGGGAGGCCGUAGUUGAUAAACAGGAUGAUGCCGCCACUAGAAGUGCAUUGACUUCAGUUUUGGUGGAUGAAAAAAGUCCAGAUGUCGUUCAGGAGCCUGGUUCCUCUAAUGAGGCUGUUGGGGCUGAUACUGGGCAUGGGAAGCUGGGGGAAACUGAUGUAAUUGCUAAUCAGGAUUUGGAAAGGGAUGGGGUGGGAGUUGAUAGUAUGCAUCUGAAUGGUGCUGGUUCUGGAGUGCCUGGAGAUGGAGAAUUUUUUGAUGAGUCUAAAGGUUUUGGGGAUUAUAAUUUGGAGCAUAGUGAUGGGGGUGGUGGAAAGGAAGAGUCUGGGUUAAAUUCCGAUUUAGAGGUGUUAGAUAAGGAGAAUGAUGCUAUGGUGGAUGAAUACUCUGGUUUGAUAAGUGAGAAGGCUGAAGUUGAUGAUUCUGUAUUCGUGACUCCUAGAGCAAAUGGUGGUAUAACAUUGGAUGAUAUAAGCAUAGACAAGGAUGACGGUGUUGCUACUGAGGAUAUUUUCAAAUAUGAAUCCAGUGAGGUCAUUCCAGCUGAAUGUACUGAUGCUGGGCAUUUGAAGGAGUGUGACGUUGAUCCUAAACUUGGAGAUGACGAGAUAGAAGUGAAGUUAAAUGCUUCGGUUGAUUCUUCUGGUGAGAUUCAAGAUGGUACAUGUGAAGAAGUGCAUGUCAAUUCAGCUCACAUGAAUUUAAAACAACAGGAUGAAGUAACUAGGGAUGUGAACAAUGAUACUUUGGGCGCUGACAUAAGCCAUGGGGAUAGCAAUGGUGAAGAAGUGAGUGCCUCAGCCAUUCUGAAUGCUGAAUUAACUGGUUAUGGAAAUGGUGAUGCUGAAGAUGAAAGGCCAUCCAUUUUGGAAAAUCCCCCUACUAAUGAGACAACGACUAUUCAGGAGGCUAGUGCAGCUGAUCCAAAGGGAGGAAGUAUUAAGGAUGAUCAAUCUCUGAUUUCUGAUGAAAAGCUUAGGGACGAUGACAACACUUCUGUGGUUGAGGAGCCUGAAAGUAUACACGAGAAGAUUAUUCAAGGGACAAAAAGCUCACAAGUAACUGGAGAGCAACUUGUUCAACCUUCAGCAGAUAUUUCUUCUUCAUCUGAAAGGUCUGCUGAUACUAGGCUCCCCUCUGCUCGUCCUUCAUCUGAAAAUUCUACUGGGGCUGGUCCAACUCCUGUUCAUCCAGCUGGCCUUGGUCGGGCAGCUCCAUUGCUAGAACCUGCAUCUAGGGUGGUGCAGCAGCCUCGUGCUAAUGGUACCGUGUCUCAUGCUCAGGCGCAGCAAAUGGAGGACUCCUCAAGUGGGGAGGCUGAGGAGUAUGAUGAGACACGUGAGAAACUUCAGAUGAUCAGGGUGAAGUUUUUACGGUUAGCUCAUAGGCUUGGGCAAACUCCCCAUAAUGUUGUUGUAGCUCAAGUUUUAUAUAGAUUAGGACUAGCUGAGCAACUAAGAGGAAGGAAUGGGGGCCGUGUUGGUGCUUUUAGCUUUGACCGUGCAAGUGCAAUGGCUGAGCAGCUUGAAGCCGCAGGUCAGGAGCCACUUGAUUUCUCUUGUACAAUAAUGGUCCUUGGAAAGACAGGAGUUGGUAAAAGUGCCACGAUCAAUUCUAUUUUUGAUGAGGUUAAGUUUAAUACCAGUGCUUUUAAUAUGGGAACCAAGAAGGUUCAGGAUGUCGUGGGAACAGUGCAGGGUAUUAAGGUACGGGUCAUUGAUACGCCGGGACUUCUACCUUCCUGGUCAGACCAACGAAGCAACGAGAAGAUCCUCCUCUCUGUUAAGCACUUCAUUAAGAAAACUCCACCUGAUAUUGUGUUGUAUCUUGAUAGGUUAGAUAUGCAAAGCAGGGAUUUUAGUGAUAUGCCACUCUUACGCACAAUAACAGAUAUUUUUGGGCCAUCCAUUUGGUUCAAUGCCAUUGUAGUACUGACUCAUGCAGCAUCUGCCCCUCCUGAAGGCCCCAAUGGUACUGCUUCUAGUUAUGACAUGUUUGUGACUCAGCGUUCUCAUGUUGUGCAGCAAGCCAUUCGCCAAGCAGCUGGUGACAUGCGUCUCAUGAAUCCUGUAUCCUUGGUAGAGAACCACUCUGCUUGCCGAACUAACAGGGCUGGCCAGAGAGUAUUGCCAAAUGGCCAGGUUUGGAAACCUCAUUUGUUACUUCUAUCUUUUGCCUCUAAAAUUCUGGCCGAAGCAAAUGCUCUUCUUAAGUUACAAGAUAGUCCACCUGGAAAGCCUUAUAUAGCUCGAGCACGGUCGCCUCCGUUACCUUUUCUUUUGUCUACCCUUCUCCAAUCCAGACCCCAGUUAAAGCUGCCAGAGGAGCAGUUUGGUGAUGAAGAUAGUCUUGAUGAUGACCUUGAUGAGGCAUCAGAGUCUGAAGAUGAAAAUGAACAUGAUGACUUGCCACCAUUUAAGCCUUUAACUAAGGCCCAGGUGGAAAAGUUGUCUAAAGCUCAUAAGAAAGCAUAUUUUGAUGAGUUAGAGUAUAGGGAAAAGCUUUUGAUGAAGAAACAAUUGAAGGAAGAAAAAAAGCGACGGAAAUUGAUGAAGAAAAUGGCAGAAGCAGCAAAAGAUCUGCCCGGUGACUAUAGUGAAAAUGUGGAAGAAGGUGGUGGUGCAGCUUCUGUUCCUGUCCCCAUGCCAGAUUUGGCCCUGCCUGCUUCUUUUGAUUCUGAUAACCCCACUCACCGUUAUCGAUAUCUUGAUUCAUCAAACCAAUGGCUUGUUAGACCUGUUCUAGAAACUCAUGGAUGGGAUCAUGAUGUCGGUUAUGAAGGUUUGAAUGUAGAAAGAUUGUUCGUUGUCAAGGACAAGGUACCUUUGUCUUUCACGGGUCAGGUCACUAAAGAUAAAAAGGAUGCUAAUGUUCAGAUGGAAAUAGCUGGCUCAGUUAAGCAUGGGGAAGGGAAAGUAACUUCAUUAGGUUUUGAUAUGCAAACUGUGGGGAAGGACUUGGCUUAUACAUUACGAAGUGAAACAAGAUUUACUAAUUUUAGAAGAAAUAAGGCAACUGCCGGUCUCUCAUUUACUUUACUUGGUGAUGCCUUAUCGGGUGGAGUUAAGAUUGAAGACAAAUUGGUUGCUAGUAAGCGAUUCAAAGUGGUUAUCAGUGGUGGUGCAAUGGCAGGGCGCAAUGACAUUGCUUAUGGUGGCAGUUUGGAGGCCCAGUUGAGAGAUAAAGAUUACCCUUUAGGUCGUUUCUUAUCUACUCUUGGGCUCUCUGUUAUGGAUUGGCACGGAGAUCUUGCUGUUGGGUGCAAUGUGCAAUCUCAGAUCCCAGUUGGACGACAUACAAACCUGGUUGCCCGCGCCAAUUUGAACAACCGAGGGGCAGGACAAAUAAGUGUUCGAUUGAACAGUUCAGAACAGCUUCAAAUUGCUUUGGUUGCUCUUAUCCCUCUCGUAAAGAAGCUAGUGAGCUAUCCUCAACAACUGCAGUAUGGACAAUAUUAA